AUGUCUGCAGACGAAGACACCGAACUCCGAGACCUCGUAGCUCAAACGUUAGAAACUAACGGUGUUCUCGGUAAAAUAAGGGCACAACUGCGAGCCAGUGUAUUUUUAGCUUUGGAAGAUCAAGGAUCUGUUCAGAAUAAAACUCCUUUUGCUAAUCCUGAUCUGCAGAAAUACUUAAAUACUAAAGAAGGAAGAACAACAGCUGCACUUGUGAGGGAAUUUCUGGAGUUUUUCAAUUUAGAAUUCACUUUAGCAGUUUUUGAUCCUGAGGCGGGCAUUGGUCCAGCUAAUGAGAGUCGAGCCAAUUUAGCAAGGGAGCUGAAUUUAGCAGACAAUGAUGGCCCACCACGGGCACCAUUAUUUACAGAGGUAGUCAGGCAGGUCCAAGGGGGCACCGGAGGUCAGAAAAGUCGGACAAAGUCAGCCACAGAGGAGGGGGAUUCAGGGGAAGGUGAUACAAACAUACCCAAGGAAUUAACAAAAAAGCAAUUAUUAGAUGCACAGAGUAAAUUUGACUACUAUGACAAGGAUAGGAAUGGUGAAAUUGAUAAAGAUGAAUUAAGGGAACUCUUCAUGGACAUGUUUCCACAUUUCAAUAGGAACAUGUUGGAUCGGUAUGUCAACGAUGAGUUCCGGGCAGCGGAUCGGGACUUCAGCAGUAGUUACCUGUCACUCAUGCCAAAAGGUAUCACUUUUGAUGAAUUCGUGGAGAUGUAUAAGAGGCUGUUUAUCUUGUGUAGAACAGUUGUUGCUGGUGAUGUGUCUGAUAUUGUUCCACAACCAAGAGCACGUUCACCACACAGCAGGGGAAGUUUAUCAGAAGGUAAAAGUUUUGUGGAUUCCAAAAACCAAAAGAACCUGUUAAGUGGAAGAAAUGAUGACUUAAGAAACGGACCAAACAAGCACUCAGUUGAAGCAGAUUUAAUGGGAGGCAGCGAUAUCGAGGAAGAUCCAUUUUUUGAUGACCCGAUCCAGGGUUCUGGUGGUCUUAAGAUGUAUGGGAGUGAUGAACGAGGAAAAUCUCUGAAUGGAAGCUCAUUGAAGUCUCCACCUUCCAACCAGAAAAGUCCUGGUGGUGGUCUGUCUUCACUACAGGGCCUCCCCACACUGAACCAACAGAAACAACGCAAACCACAGCAAAUUGACGCCGAUGACAGUUUACGAAAUAUGGAUCGAGACUUAGCUGGCCUUGGUAUUGAUGGCGAUGGAGACUUUGACUAUGACGAUGAUGAUUUUGUGAGUGAAGGACAUAGUAUUAGUACGAAAAGUCCACGAACAGUCAGCAAAUCUGAACAAAAGUCGGCAAAUGAGAAUGGCAGCAUAGCAGAGGAGAUUGAGGAAGAUAUUGAUGAAAACUCCAUUGAUGGUGAUGAUUUACUCCGAAGUGAAAGGAGUGGGUUUGAUGACCUUACAACAGACAGAACAAUAUCACAGCAUGACGGCUUUGAUUAUAUAGAGGAUGUCCAGUCUCCCUGAAUGUUGGACAAAAAAACAGAAAUUACUGGGUAGAUUAAUGUCUAUGGACAGACAUCUUGCAAAAACAACAAACAUUGCCAAAAUGGAAAUGAUGAUAAUGCUCUUUUCAGAAUUCUAUAGAAUAGAGACUAGACAGACUAAAUUAACAAUAUUUAUGCAAUAUUCUCUUACUAGUCUUGUGGCAACAGACUAGUAUCCUAAAAUGUACUGUCCUGGAGUAAGGGAGAUAAUCUAAUACCAUGUACAACCUCCUAAAGACUACCUUGGAAUCAGGAGGUGAGGAAUCCAGAGCUAAUAAUGUAUUACUAUGGGACUUGAUGAGCAUUUGAAGCAAACAUACCAGGUUGUUAAUAUUAUAUGUGACAUUUAAAGCAAAAAUUAUGAAGAAAUUGCAGAUAUUGAUAUCGGCUUUGGAAGGCCUUCUGAAGGCUUGUGAGAAAGUGUAGGCCUUUAAAAUAACAUAGUCAUCAAAUACAAAAACCGUUCAAAUUGUUGAAAAAAAGCUCUCAAAAUUGAUGAAUUCACAUGCACAGAAAAUACAGCAUAGGUCUUAGAUAUACAUCUAUUUGAAAGUGUAAAUAUUUAUCAACUCAAAAUAAAUCUCUAAUAACUAUUUGUCUCAUUUGUCUAAUACUUCAUACCAGUAACUUUUAUACAGAAGUUGUUCAUUACAAUCCCUCUUCUCAAAAUUGAUGUUAUUUGUUGAAUAUGUUACACUCUCAAGCUUAAUCUGCAUCAUCAACAUUAUCAUCAAUAUCAUCAUCAACAUUAUCAUUGUUCAACAACUGAAAGGCCAGAUCUCUCUUGAGAUAAACUGUAUGAAGAGGAUGUCAUUUGUUUGCGGGUUGGGGAAAUGAUCUGUUUAAAAAAGUACAUUUUCAAAACGUAUUAAGCAAUUUUAGAUAUCAACAUUGUCUUUUAUGUUUUUCUUGUGUGUUACUGCAUUACAUCCAGGGAAUGAAUCUCUGAUUGGAUAAAUUUUACAUAAAAACAAUCUCAUUGAAACAUACAUUAAUGUUUACAACUCUUUCACAUUUUCAAGUUACGGGUACCCCAUUUAUGCAUGUCAAGUGUACCACACAGUUACUCAUUACAAACUUACAUUAUUGUUACAAAGUAUUGUAUGUGAGGGCAUCAUUUGUGCUACAUUAUCAGUAAAUAAGAAGAGAUUUAAAAUAACCAGAUUUGGACUUUUAAAACAAAGUCUACGAAUAUGAAAAACUGCCAAUGCAUCAAAUCCAUUUGCAAGUUAGAUUAUUGAAUGACAUACAUAAAAUUAACUUGCCUUUCAUCAAGACAGCUGGGGACUUGUUUCGCUGACCUAAAAAGUAUAUUGUCACCUGAUAGACAAUGUGAGUUAUCUUUGGGUAUAUUUCUUCCUACUCAAAAGUCAACCAGUCUGCUUCCAUCCAGGUCGACAAGAAAAAUUUAUAUAGAUUGUUUUCUAAUAGUUUUAAGAUAAAUCAUGCUGUAAUCAUGCUGUAUUAACCAGACUAUAGAAUAUGAUAAAACACUUCUCUAGUGGUCCUACCAUAUAUAUUUGCAAUAUUCUUUUAUAAAAUCAUUAAUUCUAAGGAUUUUCAAUCGGUCAUUUGGAAAAAUUGAAAACAGAAAAGUCUAUUCAUGAAUAUAGAUGUAAUGGAGGUCAUUAUUUGUUUCAAUUCCUCCACUAUGUUUUGAACUAGUCUUACAGUAAACAGAUCAAGUUAAUGAGAAGUUCUCUUUCUAGCCAAGCAGUAUAUUGCAGCUAGUAUUUACCAGGGUUACAUACUCCCCGCUCCAGGAAAAAACUUGUACUCAAAUUUGCAGGAGUUGUACUCAAGUUUUCAAGAGUUGAAAAUAAUUCGUGUAGGGCAUGGCUAAGUAUCCUUCCCCAGUUCCUACACAGGAACCAAUGUAACAGGUCAUUAUUUAUGUCAAUGCCUCUACUAGGAUUUGAACCAGGGUCCUCUGGCUUACUAGUCUUAUGCUCAACUGAUUGAGCCAACGAGUUUUUUCUAGAUGAGCGGCAUAUUUUGGUUAUAAUCUACACAAUACUGUUGUUUUUGAUCUCAGUAUUGAUAUUGGUGUUUACCUAACAAUACAAAAAGUCCCUUUCCUUCUUGUUAGGAAUACCAUAUUACACAUUACUGCUAUGUACAUCUAGACAUCAUCGCUGCAAUUAUAUAGUUUUUGUCUGCAAUGAAAAUAUGCUUGUCAAUAUUUUGUAUUGCCUCACUUAUGAACUAUGCAUAUUGUUUAAUCUCUAAUCAACGAAUUAAAUGUUGUUAUUCAUGCUUAUUAAAAGGUAUGAGGACAUUUUUUCCUCCUUUCAGAUUGUUCAGUUUGCAUCAAGGGAAAAAAUGAAUGAAUAUUAUCUCCAUAUUCCUCAGAAUUACUUCUGGAAUAGCCCUAUGAGCUGUCUUACCGGCUAAAACUCCAGAUUUACAGGACAUCAGUAUACAUUGUCUGUCCUUUGUUUUUUAUGUUCUGUUACACUAAACUUUAUGUGUGCAAGUGUCGGGAGAUUUUAAUCUAGCUGUCAAUGUAGUGAGCCUAUAUAUUUGUCUCUAUCCUUGCCAAGUGCUUAUCCUUUGUCUAAGUUGUUGUCCAUUGAAGCUGAAAUCUUGACUUGGUCAUAGAGUUCUUAAAUACCUAACCCACUGAUACACCAGAAUCAAAGAAUCCUGCUUUUUUCAUGGAAGAUGAAAGAUUCAUAUUUUUUGAUAAAACAUUUUUCAUGAUAGUUUUCUGGAAGAUAUCUUUAUUGAAACUAUGUAUUAGGGUGGUCAGGUUGGGCAGUAGUUAUGUACUUGCCCCUUUAAACUUUCACCAAGAAGAUGGGGUUCAAUCCCUGAUCGGUCAGGAAAAUGUAUGUGUUCACCUUCUUGACCCUGUGGGCUUCCCACAGGUAAUCCAGUUUCCAUCCGAGCUAACAUCAGUGCAAAUACAUGUGAUAUAAUUUGUUUUGCAAUAGUCGUAAUAUAAAUGAAAGUUUAAGUUAUAAAGCGGAACACAUUUGAUAUGACCAGACCUUGGCAUAUAGAUCACAUUGAUGAGUUCAGUUUUUAAUCUUCGUUAUGUUU